AUGAAGACGUAUCAACUAACGCUGUUGAAGGAGCUUGAGAGCAUGUAUGAUUAUCUGGCCAAAGUGAUCCUGCUUGGGCCAAGCGGUGCCGGGAAGUCAUGUGUACUACAUCGAUUCGUGAAAGACGAAUGGAGAGUGUUGUCAUCACAAACGAUCGGGGUCGAAUUCUCCUCAAAAAUAGUCAGGCUUGGAUCCGGUCCCCGAAAAACAAGGAUUAAAUUGCAGCUUUGGGACACCGCGGGCACAGAGAGAUUUCGUUCCGUCUCAAGAUCGUACUAUCGCGGAGCUGCAGGCGCUAUCCUGAUCUACGAUAUAUCUUCGCAAGCUUCAUUCGCAGCGCUUCCUACCUUUUUAAUGGAUGCACGUGCUCUUGCAUCUCCCAAUCUCACUGUUCUACUGGCCGGGAAUAAGGCGGAUCUUGCGUCCGACUCCGUGACCCAUGGCGAUUUCGCAGAUGACAGCAUGAGAGCCCCUCCUACUCCUUCCAGCACUAGCAGCAAGCAGUCAUCAUUCCCAAUCGACUCAGUCCCCGGUUCUGUUCGAUCUACAAGCCAUUUGGGUACUGGAACAAGACUCACGGCGACAUAUGCGUUUGAAGGUCGUCAAGUGAGCGCCGAAGAGUCAGCACACUGGGCUGCCAAGGCGAAUAUUCCUGUUGCUGUCGAGGUGUCGGCUCUUACCGGAGAGGGCGUGGAAGAAUUGUUCAACCGAUUGGCACGAAUUAUCCUUACCAAAAUUGAGCUAGGGGAGAUUGAUCCCGACGAUCCUCAAAGUGGCAUUCAAUAUGGAGACGGCGGACUUUAUGGCCAGGGCACCAGCGAUGGGUCAAGUAUUCGAAGUCGAAUGACAGUCGAUGAUACUUCCGUGCAACUGCAUCGCAGGAAUCCAAAAAGGCGGGGCGGCAGUAGGGGAGUGAAUAACUGGAGAAGCAACAUGGGAGAAUGGGAAGAGGUCUUUCGCCUCAGCGGCUCGCACCAAAAGAAGGGUAGGGGAUGCUGUUGA